AUGGCCCGCGUUACAAGUUUAAUAUGCAUUGUUCUACUCCUCAGGAGCUUUGCGACCGCGAAACCCCUCCAUCAUCGUGCUCAUGGUAGCCAUUCACACAAGCUGGCACAUGAAUUAGUAUCCCUCAGCGGCGACAACACUGGCCCUGUCAUCCGAAGCGCUACCGAGUCCAUCGUCCUAAAGCCCCUCCGACCGAGCCGCGGCCGCAAGUCAGCACGAGAUGGCAUGAACGCCUUCGAGGUUCUCAGCGAAGACUACCUUUACUGGGCUGGAUCCGAUGGUACGGUCACUGAGCUCAAGGUAGACAUGUCCGGCGCAAAGGAGGGUCUUGUUGAUACGGAGUACUGGAGUGAUCUGGUCGAAUCGAUGGAUUGCCCCAAUGGUAACGGCAGCACAGGAGUAAAUGGGACAGAGCAGGUGACUGUUCGAUUCUCGGAGAAGUUGGACUUUGAUGACGCUGCGGACAUCUGGAAAUGGGUCAAGCAGGAUGAGGAGCGUCAAUUUGUGCUGAUGGUUGGCGCCGGAGACUGUGGUUGGAACGAGGACCGCAUUCUAUACCAGAUCAACGAUAUUGGCUUCGACGAUCCGGCAAACACUGCAAUGCUCCGUGGAAAAUCGAUCAGCUGGAAAGAUGCUCUUCACACCUUUGAGCUCCACAUUGGCAAGUCUGCUGUACAAAGCGCUCAGGCUCAAAGGACCACUGUUAGGCGCGGACUCUUUGACUCCAUCGGCGAUGUCUUCAGCGACAUUGGAGAUGCCCUGAAGGGAGAGUACAACCCUGAUGUUUCGAUCCCUUUCGAGCACGAUCUCUCCGGAAAGAGCCUCAGUUUCCCCGUAGAUGAUGGGCUCACCAUUUCGGGCACGUGUUCUAACUGUUCAACCUCUGGCACGUUUAACAUCGAGGGAAGAUUCCGUGUCAAGUUUUUCAAACUCAAAGAGGCUGUCAUUGAGUUAAGCACAGAAGGAAUAGAUGUCACGACCAUUAUUCAGCUUGGCUUGAAAGGUGAUCUCACUGAUGCACUCGUUCAGAAGAGUUUGUCUCUUCUUAAGCUGUCCCCAGGAGGUGUUUCUAUUCCUGGCAUUCUCACUAUUGGUCCUACGGUCGCCAUCUCGCUUGAUGCCGGGAUCUCUGCUAUCAAAGGAGCCGUCAAGCUUACUAUGGGUGGUACAGCUUCUAUUCCUGCUUCAAAAUCCACGCUUGACUUCUUGGCCGAGGACAAAACCACGUCAACAGGAUGGGACGUGCAGAUGAGCCCAUCGCCGUUGGAGGCUGAUGCCUCUAUUGAGGCAGGAGCGUCUGCAGCCUUGACAGCUUCCGUGGGGCUAGAGUUGACUGCUCUUGAGACUGGAUUUGCAGCUCAGCUGUCGGCUGCUUUACCCAAACUCUCGGCGGCAUUGCAGGCUAUCUCGUCUUUGACAUGCAAUGCUUGCAAAAAGUACUCAAAUGCCAUUUCCGGCUCUGUUGGCCUCAGCACAUCUCUCUCGUUAGACUUGAGAAAGAAGAUGGGUAGUUCGUAUAAGAACCUUUGGAGUCUGACUUUGGCAGAGAAAACUUUGGCUACGCUUGCCUCAUUCUGUGAGCCCGUUGGUCCCCAAACAUGUGCAGUCAAUGGUACCUACAGCUUGGCUGAGCGAUGGGGCCACUCUUCAAAACUGUACCAUUGA